AAAAAUAGAUAUAUAACAGUGACCAAUCACAACCUUGUAUGUGGAGCUGCUACUCUACAGGCUCGCGAAGCCACAUCAUACUCGCUCAAUAAUAACAAGCCACAACUACCACCAAUAACCAGUGGAGUCUGCAACUGGGUUUUCUUUACAACCUCCAGAUUGACUUGUUUUCCUUGGUGGGUAAUCUUUGAUUCAUCUAGUCAUGGCCUCCUUAAUGCUCAAUGGAGCUGAGAACUUCACUCUCAUGAGCGGCAUAACCCCAAAAGGGUUAGGUUUUUUGGGUUCGGAUUUUCAUGGGAACCACUUUCCUAGAGUGAAUUUAAUCAGUAGCUCUAGAAUCUCCAGGACAAGAACAGUGAUGCCCAAGUGCAAUUUAUCAGCCUCUAGGCCAGCUUCUCAGCCCAGGUUCAUCCAACACAAGAAAGAGGCUUUUUGGUUCUACCGGUUCCUGUCAAUUGUAUAUGAUCAUGUGAUAAAUCCUGGGCACUGGACUGAGGACAUGAGAGACGAUGCGCUAGAGCCUGCGGAUCUCAAUAACAGGAAUUUGCUAGUUGUAGAUGUUGGCGGUGGCACCGGUUUCACUACUUUGGGUAUUGUAAAGCAUGUGGAUGCCCAAAAUGUUACCAUUCUUGAUCAGUCCCCGCAUCAGCUUGCAAAGGCCAAGCAGAAGGAGCCCUUAAAGGAUUGUAAGAUAAUUGAGGGCGACGCAGAGGAUCUGCCAUUUCCUACUGAUUAUGCGGACAGAUAUGUGUCCGCUGGGAGUAUUGAGUACUGGCCAGACCCACAACGUGGCAUCAAGGAAGCAUACAGGGUCCUGAAACUAGGAGGAAAAGCCUGCUUAAUUGGUCCAGUAUAUCCAACAUUUUGGUUGUCUCGCUUCUUUGCAGAUGUAUGGAUGCUCUUCCCAAAGGAAGAAGAGUACAUUGAAUGGUUUGAAAAGGCUGGGUUUAAGGAUGUUCAACUGAAGCGUAUUGGCCCAAAAUGGUAUCGUGGUGUUCGCCGGCAUGGGCUGAUCAUGGGAUGUUCUGUGACAGGGGUUAAACCUGCAUCUGGAGAUUCUCCUUUAAAGCUUGGUCCAAAGGAAGAGGACAUAGCAAAGCCAGUGAACCCAUUUGUGUUCCUUCUGCGUUUUAUUUUGGGUGGCUUGGCGGCAACGUACUAUGUGCUGGUGCCUAUCUACAUGUGGCUUAAAGAUCAAAUUGUACCCAAGGGUAGACCAAUCUGAGACUAAAAGGGAUUUUUAGAGUUCCUUAAGUGGGCCAUUUUAUUUUUAAUUUAUAGACAAUUUCCUCCUGUGUGGGCACACAAGUAAAUUAGACAUAUGCUUUUAAUUAGAUGCCUCUCCUUUGAUUUUUCUAA